AGCCAUAAGCAGUCGCCUCACUGAUGACGUACUUCCGAGUCGCCUGCUGAACUCCGUAGUAACACGUGUGUUACUACAGGGAGAAGAAAUUCUCUAUUUAUUCUUUAUUUUCACAUAAACGGUGUUCGUGAGUUGCGGGGCACAAUGACGAAACCAAAAUUCAAGGGGAAAUGUUCUAUAAAUCCGUCCAAUUCCAGCAGUAAUCCAGAUCGUGUUAAGGGCUCUGGAGGGAACACCAUGAGGGACCGUGCCACUAUCAAGCGUCUGAAUAUGUACAGACAGAAGCAGAGAUGUAACAGUCGAGGUAAGGUCAUCAAGCCUUUGCAGUACCAGUCCACUGUGGCACCUGGAACUGUGGCUAGAGUUGAGCCCAACAUCAAGUGGUUUGCCAAUACUCGGGUCAUCAAGCAGUCAUCACUGCAGAAGUUUCAGGAGGAGAUGGACACAGUGAAGAAAGAUCCGUACAGAGUGGUUAUGCGCCAAAGCAAGCUUCCCAUGUCCCUUCUGCAUGACCGAAUCAAAGCACAUAACUCCAAGGUACACAUUCUGGACACCGAGACUUUUGAGACCACAUUUGGACCUAAGGCUCAAAGAAAGAGGCCUAAUCUGAAAGUGGGAGAACUGAAAGAGCUGGCAGAACAGGCUGAGGCUUCGACUCAGGGUUACAGUGCAGAGAACGACCGCAACCUGGUGACUGAGGACAGUGGGGUCAGGGACGAGGUUCGUGAGGAAAUCUUCAAGAAGGGCCAGUCAAAGAGAAUCUGGGGCGAGCUUUAUAAGGUGAUCGACUCUUCAGAUGUUGUCAUCCAGGUGCUGGAUGCUCGGGACCCCAUGGGCACACGAUCCCAGAACAUUGAGACCUACCUGAAGAAAGAGAAACCCUGGAAACAUCUCAUCUUUGUGCUCAACAAGUGUGACCUUGUUCCCACUUGGGUGACUAAACGCUGGGUUGCAGUGCUGUCUCAGGAAUACCCCACGUUGGCCUUUCACGCAAGCCUUACCAACUCCUUCGGGAAAGGUUCUCUUAUUCAGCUCCUCCGUCAGUUUGGAAAGCUCCACACAGACAAGAAGCAGAUCAGUGUGGGUUUCAUUGGCUAUCCCAAUGUAGGGAAGAGCUCAGUCAUCAACACACUUCGUUCCAAAAAGGUCUGCAAUGUGGCGCCCAUUGCUGGUGAGACCAAGGUAUGGCAGUACAUCACACUAAUGAGACGCAUUUUCCUGAUUGACUGCCCUGGAGUUGUGUACCCCUCUGAGGACAGUGAGAGUGACAUUGUGCUGAAGGGAGUGGUCCAGGUGGAGAAGAUCCGUAACCCAGAGGAUCACAUCGGCGCCGUUCUGGAGAGAGCAAAAGCUGAAUACAUACAGAAAACCUAUCACAUCCCAUCCUGGAGCUCUGCUGAGGAUUUCUUGGAAAAGCUGGCCUUUCGCAUGGGAAAACUGCUCAAGGGAGGAGAACCUGAUAUGCCCACUGUCUCCAAAAUGGUGCUAAAUGACUGGCAGAGGGGACGCAUCCCCUUUUUCGUCAAACCGCCUGGACCUGAGCCAGAUGAGGAAGCAAAAGCACACCUGCCAAUGGUGGUAAGUGCAGUGGAGGCAGUUUAUGAAGACCAACCAGAGCAGCAGCACACUGAGAUGACUGAAUCCAAUGAGCUUGAUGCACCGCUGCAGCAGAGACAGAAACAAGAACAUGAGCAAAGGAUCAUUGCUGGUGUCAAGCAGAACUUCGGCAAAAUUAAUGUAGCUCCCGAAUUCAGCGAGGAAGAUCUUGUACCAGUGGAGAUACCUGAUCUGCCAGACUCCUGUGGAUCAGAUGUGGAUGACGAAGAGGCAAAUGAGGAGGAAGAGGAGGAUAUGGGUGACGGUGGAAAUGCAGAAGAGGAGAGUGGAGAAGCAGAGGAAGGAAAAGAAUUACCUGCAGCUGGCUGUUCUUACAGAGCAGCGGCCAAGACUACACGCGAGAUGAACAAAGAGUUGGACGGGAAGAUAGCCAAAUUGAAGCAUUUCCUGGACAGCGCCAAGUCCAAACGUUUCUCCACCAUUCGAAUUCCUAAGGGCCUGUCGGAGAAGGUUUUUGUUUCAGGUGAAACGAAAACAAAACAGAACAUAAAGAAGCCACAGCCGAAAGCUGCGGUACAUGUCAUGAGGAAGAGAAAGGCUCUCGACAGUGAGGAGCCAGUGCAGCAGAAUAAGCUCACAUCAAAAGAGAAAAGAAGGAUUGACCGUGCACAGAAGAUAAAGAAGGUUGGCGUCCGUUAUUAUGACACACACAAUGUUAAGAACAAAAAUAAGAACAGGAAAGCACCCACUGAAGGCAAUAAAUGCAAAAGAGCUAAGCGAUAAAGCAAUUUGCUUGGUCACAGCUGUAUUUCCAUGGACUUGUCUAGUUUGGAACAGGGGAUGUGAGAGAUGGAGAUGUAUAAAAGGAGGAUCUGGAAUUGAAUCAGAACUUCUUAAAUGCACUUUAUUCAAUGCACCAUCCUUCCACAAAACAAUGAUGUGGUUUCACUCUAAACCCCAGAACUGUAAAUGACACCCUAUUCAUUUUAAUAAUUUCCUUGUUUUAUAAUGUCCUUGUUCCACAGUUCUGAAAAUCUCCAUCACAGGAGAAGUCAUCAAUAAAGUUGACAUGGAAAAA